AUGUACGAUAUUUCUAUAAAAAAAAAUCAAUCAUCAAAACCGUACAAAACGCAUGUAUUGACAACAUUUAUUUGGGGCGGUACUUAUCCCGCCUACCUAGUCGGACAAACAUACAGAAGACAUAUAACAUACAGAAUUUACAAAAUUUAUUCUUGCCAGAUUACCUUGAAAAGGUGCCUGCAACAGAGAUUAAGGAGCCAUCCUAACAGACCAGUGUAUUCAGAAACAAGCAGACAGAAUGACUACUCAACGUCGUCACAGGCAGAUGCAGAUUUGUUUAUUCUAUGGGCUCAACACAGAGGAAAAUACAAUCCUAAUAAAGAUAGAAUCCCAAAUACAAAAAAAUAUAAAGCUACAUUCAGAUGUGCUAUCAACAGUUUGCCAGAUUGUGAAGAAAUUGUAGAGAAAAGUCAGAAAAGUGGACAUGACGCAUUUAAAAUAUACAGAUUCAAUGAAUGUGAAAAGAGAAAAAUGCGAAAAAUUCGGAAAAAAGAAGACAAUGAUGAACAAAUUUCAAAAGAUUCAUUUACAUCAGAAGAAAGGCUGAUACCAAAUGACUCAGACUCAAGUUUAAAUGAAGGAAUUCCUAGACUAGAAGAGCUCUUUGGAGACUCUUUAAGAACAGCCUUUCCCAAUGGUGGAUUUUAUUCAAUACAAAAUGGCACUGCCUCAAAGGAAAUCUCAGCCCAGGAAUAUUUUGAACAAAUUGAAAAUUCUUUCACAGUAGAAGAAAUGCACACAGAGAUAUUUUUAGAUGAUACAUACAUGCCAUAUGCUGAAGAGGUUACUAUCCAUGCUCUCUGA